AUGAUUAUCGUUAAAUAUGGAAAGGAAUAUUUUUCGGUAUAAAAAAUAUAAUAAAAUAAAAAGAUUACUUUAAAAAAAAAAGCAAUGUGGGCAAGUGAUAAAGAACCAAAUCAAUAAUAGCUAGCUGAAGAAUUAUCAAAAUUAAUUUUAAGUGUAAAUUAAUAAAAGUUAGAAAGUAUACUUUUAUGGAUAUAAGCAACUUUUAGUAUAAUGAAUAAGGAAUGGAGUAAAAUUGAUUAUUGGAGAGUUAAUAAAUUUCAAUCUUUAAUAAGAAAAAUUUUUAUAUAAAUUGUUCGUUUUUUACAAAAGAAAAAAUAUAAUUAAGAUGUAAUUAAUUUGUGA